ACAUAUAGAAGACACAAUGAUACGUCGAUAUAGCCAAAAUAAUAUUUAGAAAAUGUUGUCUUUCGAGCUGGUGAAGCCUAAGGCAAAACAUUUGACAGUGUUAUUUAAAUGAAAAAAAUAAUGCGUCAGUAGGCCAGUAGUCGAUCAUGAUCGUUGUAACUCUGUUUGGUUUAGCAAUACUGCACGCGACUGCAACAAAAUGCAUUGCCGGAGAUUGUUUUUUAGAAACAAAUUCAAAAAUAAAAUCUGAAGAAAGUUUCUAUUUUUUUGAUGAUUUAUAUGAUUGGAACGAUUAUUUUCGUGAUUAUUUCACUGAUUUUUUUAUUAAUUUCGAAGAAGUUGUCAACUCAAAUGAAAACUAUAUUGAUCAAACUAUAGAUGUAACGAACAUCGUCGAUGAAUUACAUGAUUUUCUGAAUUACUCUGUGCCUUGUGGUGUGCAAGGAAGGAGUGAAUGGUCGAGGUCCGAUGGCAAUAGUAGAGUGGUCGGCGGUACGGAUUCGAUGCCAGGUGAGUUCCCGUGGCAGAUAUCUUUGCAACUUGUCACUGGUAAAACAGCCAGACACGUGUGUGGAGGAUCUGUAAUCAACGAAAACUGGAUAUUGACGGCGGCACAUUGUGUAUACGGACUGUCGAAAGAUGUACUUUCUGUGGUGGCUGGAAAAAACGACCUUUACAAAAUCGAGAAUGGUGACCAGAGGGUGAAAGUCGUAGACAUACAUUUAAACGGAUUCGACAAGAAACGGUUUUCCAGAGACAUAGCGUUGCUCAGGGUGUUUCCGGCGAUAGUGUUCGACGGAUUUCACGUAUCUCCGAUUUGUAUUCCAAGACCAGAGACGCAAUUCGACAAUGCUUUGGCGCUGGUCACAGGAUGGGGACGUGUGUCUGAGAACGGCGAAUUCGCGCACGUCUUGCAAAAAGUGCGAUUGCCUCUGAUCGAGGUGGACAGUUGUCUGAACUUGUACAACAAUGCCGGUUACGGCGAUUACGUCAGUCGGUGUGUGGUCUGCGGCGGAGGAACGCCAGAAUACGAGGCGGACUCUUGUCAAGGUGAUUCUGGUGGCCCAUUGGUGUGUCUGGCCGACGACAACCGUUUCUACCUAUGCGGUAUCGUCAGCUGGGGACUCGGCUGUGCACAUCCGACUUAUCCUGGGGUCUAUACUGCUGUAUCUUGUUACUCGGACUGGAUAAGAGACACGGUCGUCUAUUAUGAACAACUCAGCAACCCAUGGCGCACACGAUGACUUAAUAUUUUUACAUUUUUUUUUUCUUCGUAAUAUUUAACUAUGAUUAUUAUUAUUGUUUAUAAGUAUUCGUGCGUUUAUUGUCGCAUAGUAUGUCUACAAAAAUAAAAACAGUUCAUACGUGUAUAAUAUA